GCUGCCAUAAUCAUGCCGGAAUUGCCAUUUUUGGAUCCGGACGAGCAACGUGUGGAGGUUUUCCUCACGCAGCUCAUGCAGAUCAAUUCAACCACCGGCAACGAAGGUCUGAGUUUCCUUCGUUCCUUGAUGUUAUCUAUCGAAGAUUUAUCAACGGCGUUAACGCAAUAUUUCACAACCACAGGAUGGCAUGUGUUACGUCAGCCGCUAAAAAGUGAUCCAAAAAGACACAAUCUACUUGUUACACGAAUUCCAUAUAAACCUCCAGGACCUCGUUACCUCAUGAAUACACAUAUGGAUACUGUUCCACCGUAUAUUCCGCCUGCAUGCGACGGUAUCAAAGUAUCUGGGCGAGGAGCAAAUGAUGCCAAAGGACAGCUAGCGGCAAUGAUAUUUGCUGCCCAACAGAUUGCAAAGGAGGAUCCGGUUCUUGCCGAAAACAUUGGUCUACUAUUUGUUGUUAGUGAAGAACUUGAUCACAUCGGAAUGGUGGAAGCUAACAGUCUUGGAGCGGUGCCAGAAUUUUUCAUGAUUGGUGAACCAACGGAGCUGAAAUUUGGUCGCUUACAGAAAGGAGCAGUAAAAGUAACAUUAAAAGUACACGGCAAAGCGGCACAUUCUGGUUAUCCACAUAUGGGCGCAACAACAGUCAAUAUUGGACUGAUAUCGGGUGGCGAAGCACUGAAUGCACUGGCGGAACAUGCAUCGGCAGCAAUAUUCUUUCGUGUGACUACCUCUACUUCGGAUAUCCUGCAACAGCUUGAGGAAAUUGUUGAUGGCCGUGCCGAAAUUGAUCAGUCCUUCGGGAAAAAUGAGCCAAUACGUCUUACUGCGCCUCCAGCGCCAUACGAAUCAGAAGUUGUGGCAUUCAAUACAGAUUUGCCAUACUUUAUUGCUCGUAAUAAGCUCAAAGCAGCUUAUCUGUUCGGGGCCGGUUCGAUCACCAAUGCGCACUCCAAAGAUGAGCACGUGCUAGUCGAAGAUUUGAAAAAGGCUGUGGAAAUUCACGUAGAUAUUUUCAAAUAUACACUGAAAGCGGUCAACAACGUUUGA